UGCUGAACUCUCGAGCCAUCCGAGUCCGACUGAUUUAUGACAACAACACUUGGUCCCAUUUGCGGCUCCGGAUCACAAGGAAGAGGGAUGCACUUUUUACCCCUCCAGCGAGUCCAUUAACAUUUCUGCACCCACUGGGUACCGGUCAGGAUUCUUUCCAUUAAAAAUAACUGGAUUAAAAGCUUCAUGUUUGAUCGUGUGUCUUAAACAUUUUCUAUUUCUAUAUACCGCAAACGUUGAAGAAAAUGUAUCGAAUGUGGUCGUUUAUAAGGGUCUGAAACUGAUAAACUAAAAAUGGACUUGGAGUGAGGACUGUUCUUUUUUUUGACCGGGCCAUUGGCGGAUAUUCAUUUUCAUAAUAAUUAUUCUAAUGCUGUGUCGUCAACUGUUGAACAUUUUACAUGUAUGACUCGUCAGCCGAAGCAGUUCUGGAAAAUUUAGAUAAAACCCACGACCUCACUCUUGUUUUCUAGAAGAAUUGCAUAUCAUCAAGGAUAUUGUUUAAUGACCGAAUUUAAUAACCUAUGAUUUUUGUGCAUUUACCAACUGAUAUAUCUCGUUUAUAUUUUCAACCAUAGUAGUUAGAAAGAAAUGCCGAAGCGGAAAGUUCACGACGCCUUCUCGAAGAGCGAAGGCGGCCGAGCCGUCGAUUCCGAUAGCGAGAGCUCCUCCUCGACAGACCGGUCCGACCCCGACGGCUACCGCCGAGACUCCGGCGACCGAACCUUCCGACCAGCCGCCAACACGUACAACAUGAACUCGGGCUCCAACAUGAACUACGAACUGGAUGCUGCGGGGAUUCCUCGUCAACGCAACGCCGCCAACGCCCGGGAGCGCGACCGGACGCACAGCGUCAACAGCGCUUUCGUGCAGCUCCGGGACCUAAUCCCCACCGAACCCCGGGAUCGAAAACUAUCGAAAAUUGAAACCCUUAGAUUGGCGACAAGUUAUAUCAAUCAUUUAGGAACUCUUCUUCUUGUCGGGGACGAGGAGAUCGAGCAACCCUGUAUGCAUCGGGCCAUGCUCCGACCUGGGAGCGAGGGCGGACCGAGGAUUAUCUGUACCUUCUGCUUGCAAAAUCACAUGAGCAAUAUGAGAAACAGAGCUGUUAUGAAUGUACACCACCAGCACAUGCGACCGUUGGACAUGGAGGCCAUGAUGGCGCAUCGGCACCCCACGCACAUGAUGAGAUAAGACGGAUGCCUCUCAUAUCACGGGCACUUCAUGAGUACAACCAUGGACCCUACUCCAAGCAAUGCUAUUUGGGGGUUAGAUGCACGCCAGGCAGUAUAGAUGCCUCCCACAUCACAGGAUUGACUUGUGAAUCUACCCUCUUCUCUGGGACUGCUGCUUUAUAAGAUGGAUGCCACUUAUAUCAUAGAAACCUCAUGAUUCCCAAAGAUGCUGUGGGGGUGGUUGCAGGCCUCUGGAGGAUUAAUUCCUCCAUUAUCAUACGCUUGACUUGUGGGACUGCAACAUACUCCUGAUGACUCAAACCAAUGCUUUGGGGUAGAUGGAUGCAUACAUCUGGAGGGUGGAUGCCUUCCAUAUCACAGGCUGGACUUGUGAAUCUAGCUUUUCCUGUGAGACUGCAGCUUAUGACCCUCACAUCAAUCGCUGAAACAAUCUUCUGCCAUACCUAGCUAACGUUCUAUUGGAAGACCAAUGAAGGCUUGUACAGUAGAGCACCAAUUCGGAAUUGGAUGCCUCACAUAUCACGGGCUCACAUCAUGACUCCGACGAAUGCACAAUAACUACUGAACAUUUGCCAAAAUGUUUUAACACACACAAGAAAAUGAAAUUAUACAUACGAACUGGGGACCUAUCUGUAUACAGAUCCGCUUUUAACACACAGUCACAUCGGCGAAACCGUCUCCAGAUCGACCAAAUCUAUUACGUUAUUACACAAAAAACCUGUGGUGCUAACCGGUGUACAUAGAGGACUACACCAGUUAUUUUACACCGGUCGUAAAUUGACAGUGUUAGUUAACACAUAUAGGUGUUAUUACAACACCUUUGGUUGUUUAAUUAACACUCUUUGGUGUUAUGUUCAAUCACGAGGGUGUAAUUUUGACACUUCAGGGUGUGGUCCUCUAUCAAUACCAACUGGUGUCAGUUUUAACACCACCACAGUUUUUACAGUGUACAAAUGGCAUCUUUUCGAUCGGUUUGGAAUUGAUUACAUUGGUGUGAGUGUAGCAUCAAACAAGAAUGAAUAACAUAAGAGUCUACCAUGUCUACGGAGAAACAGGAACAUAAGGAUGCAUAGGGGUUAUCUCACCCCAUCGUAGGCUCUAACAACUCGUGUUUUGUGUCAAUUGCAAAGUAGAACUUGAUCAGUAACAUGGGAACAAUUUCUGCUUUCUUCACAAUUUAUCGGUGGCGGGAAUUAUAUGAAAAGCUAAUGUCAGUUCUCAAGAAUUGAAUUCAGAGAAUAUUCCGAAUCUGAUCAUGAUGUGUGAUGACGGGUUCCCUUCCAACCCAAGUUCUCUCAUGACGUGGUCACUGUUUUUCGAUAAUUCGGAAAAGAAAAUGAUUUCUCAAACGUCAAAUGUCAAAGGGCAGUUACUUCAAAAUAGUACAUGAUAGGUCCACCGGCACGACCAUUCACGAUUGAUAUGACCUGCUUGCUCUUGAAAGUGAUAAUUGUAAACGGUUUGAAAAGUGCGAAAUCGUCAUUUUUUAUUAGAUAUAAAAGUAAUUGUGUAGAACUGUAGAUAGAAUUUUUCUAUAUUGCCAUAGGUCUAUCUACCGUCAAUAUGGUCAGUCGGAUAAAAUGAAAUUGCUGCCAUUUAAAACAAUCGUUAGAAUCUCAUGUUUGCAGUAUACAAUUACUGUAAAAGGAUUGUGUAGAAUGUUACGUUUAUCGUUGUAAUAUAUUGUUUUGUGAAUAUUUUGUGAAAACGAGAUACUUUAAAAACAUUGAAUAUUGCAGAAAUGGUUU